UACUCACGUAACUCUUUCUACAUUCUUAAUAUUUGUCACUGCUUUCUACUCUCUUACUUGUAAUUGUUUUAUCUUCUCUCUCAUAUCUCCCUCUCUAUAGUAUUUUAAGGAACUACAGACUCCCCAAUCAAGAAAACGAUAACAGAAUGCAGAAGUUGGUGGUGACAUUGGAUAUCCAAGAUGAUAAUAACAAGCAAAAGGCUAUAAAAUUGGUCUCUUCUAUUCCUGGGCUUGAUUCAAUCUCAAUGAAUAUGAAGGAAAAGAAAUUGACAGUAAUAGGUGACAUGGAUCCUGUGGCAGUGGUGAAGAAAUUGAGAAAAAACUAUUACACUGACAUUGUCACGGUUGGGCCAGCAAAAGAGCCCGAAAAGCCCAAGAAGCCAGAGGAGCCUAAUACUGUGGUCCAAGUGUCUGACUUUAUACAUGCUAUGCAGGCCCAUAACUCUUACUACAAUAAUCCACUAUACUCAAGAUACAAUGGUUAUGCAAGAAGCGUUGAAGAAGAUCCAAAUAGUUGUGUUAUUUGUUAAUUGAAGUAUUACUAAAAAAAUAGAAGAAAAAAAUAAUUAUUAUUCAUAUUGGAUGAGUUAGUCUACUUAUACCUUUAGGUAUAAAGCUUAAGUUCAUGUGUGAUUAGAGAUAGGGUCGAGUAGUAUUAUAUAGUUCAUAGUUGCACUAUUGAUUAUUAUAACAGUCAAUCAAUGUUAAAUUUUUAGAGAUUUUUGUAUCAUCAGAAGUAUCGGAAAUUUUGAGUCUAAGGCAUUGUUGCUGUUGUUUGUAUCAUCAGAAGUAUUGGAAAUUUUGCUUUGCAGGCAGUGGCUCAAAUAUAUUAUAGCCACUUAAAUGAAGAUAAAAAGGCUCUACAAUAUUGAUGUUAA